AAGAAAUAGUUUUACUUGUAACCCAUCUCGCUACCGAUCCCCCCCAUCCCCUCCUCUUCCUGGCUUCCCCUCUGUGUCAGAAUAAUCCCUACCUUAUUUCCCUCACUUAUUAUUAUCAUUAUUAUUAUUAUUUUAUUUUCUUUCUAAUUCCUCUCAAUUUUUUCAAAUCGAUCACGGGAGCGACACCCCCCGCCAGAAAAACUCCUCCCUCUCUUCAGAUCUGAUGGCUUUUCACGUCGCUUGCCCCAUUACUUGCCGGAGGAUUUGCUAUUGCGAGCUCGGAUUCCCGGCGGAGCUGCGGAGCGAGAAGGCAAGGGUUGAGUUCUUGGAGGAGGUCGAGGCGCUCGAGGAGUUCCUGCGGGAUCCGUGGACAGUGAGGGCGGAUGGGGGCUCCGCCGUGGCCACCGUCCAGGUGCUGGUCCCCCAGGUGGUGCCCCAGCCGGCCCCACCGCCGGGAGCGGAGGAUGGGGGAGGCGGCGGCCGAGGGGAGGCCAAGCGUGCGGCGAUGCAGCGGCAGGCGGUGGCCGCGUCGCUGGCGGCCGAGGAUUAUGUCCGGAGAUUAGAGGGUGGGGGUGCUGCGGAGGCACCAGGAGAGGUAGCUAGUCAUCUUGCUAUAGAAGAUCAAAACUUUUCCACUGUCAAGGUUAUGUGCAGAAUAUGCUUUUCAGGAGAAAAUGACAGCAGUGUAGGAGCUAUGAAGAUGCUCUCAUGCAAAAUCUGCAGCAAGAAAUACCAUAGGAGCUGCUUGAAACGUUGGGCUGAACAUAGAGAUCUUUUUCAUUGGAGUUCAUGGGCUUGCCCGUCUUGCCGCAUUUGUGAGGUUUGUCGAAGAACAGGUGAUCCCAAUAAGUUAAUGUUUUGUAAAAGGUGUGAUGGUGCUUACCAUUGCUAUUGUCAGCAGCCUCCACAUAAGAAUGUUAGUCAUGGACCAUACUUGUGUCCAAAACAUACAAGGUGUCACAGCUGUGGGUCCACUGUCCCUGGAAGUGGUCUUAGCACAAGGUGGUUUUUAGGGUAUACCUGCUGUGAUGCUUGCGGAAGAUUAUUUGUGAAAGGAAACUAUUGUCCAGUUUGCUUAAAGGUUUAUAGAGAUUCUGAAAUGAUACCAAUGGUUUGCUGUGAUGUUUGUGAGAGAUGGGUGCAUUGUGUAUGCGACGGUAUUAGUGAUGAAAAAUAUCAGCAGUUCCAAGCAGAUCAGAAUCUGUACUAUAAAUGUGCUGCAUGCCGUGGCAACUGCUACCAGGUUAAGGAUAUAGAUGAUGCUGUCCGGGAACUUUGGAGGAGGAGAGACAUAGUUGACUGUGAUCAAAUUGCAAGCUUGAGGGCUGCUGCUGGAUUGCCAUCUCAAGAAGAAAUAUUGUCCCUGUCUCCCUAUUCAUAUGAUGAAAACGCUGGUCCAGUCAUACUAAAAGAUGAUAGUGGGAGGACCCUUAAGUUCUCUGUUAAAGGUAUCAGUGACAAACCGUUGAAGAAUUUUAAAGAACAUGGAAAGAGCAUUUCCAAGAAUUCAACAUUGAAUAAGAAGUAUGUAAAGAAGAAAGGAUAUCAAUUAAAUUUUGUUGGUAAACCAGAAGAAACAUAUCAAAAUAUUGAAAGGCAGCAUGAGGCAAGAUCAUUUGAUCGUACUUUCAGAGAUCAAAAGAUUGAUGACAUGAAUUCAUUAAGAACUAAUGGGCCAGAAAUCAUUUCAUCUUCCAUGACCAGAAGUACUGUUGAUAAUGGUAUGAAAUUCUGUGAUAAUCAAAUGGGUACUCAUAACAACAGCUUUACCAAUGAAGUUGCGGUGCACGAUGCUGAUACAGAACCCAAAGUAAAAAUUAAGGGUGGAAAAUUGCAAAGUUUGCAUUUCAAAGAAUGCGGCAUUAAAAAUGUGAGCAAAAGUGAGAGUGUGAGAGGUACCAAGUUAGUUAUUCAUAUUGGUUCAAGAAAUAGAAAUGUGUCUGGAUCUCCGAGAUCUGAAACUUCCAGCUGCCAUAGAGAUCAAGAUCUAGCUUCCUUCAAUGGCGGUGAGGAUACCAGCCUGCAGAGAACAAAAGAUAAUGAGAAUCAUAUGCUUGAUGAUCAUGGUGGAACUGUCAGAUCUGAUGGUGGAAAAGGAGCUAAACUUGAUAAUUUAUGCUUCACAAGAAGUUCAAAGCAUGGAUUCAAAGAAAAAAAUGUUAUAAAGCUUCGAAAAGUUUAUGAAAGGCAAGGAAAAAAUAACAGUGGCAUUGGCGAAGCUUGUGAACUUACUACGGCAUCCAGAAGCCCUCUUGUAGUAGGAAAAAGGAACACAGAAGAAGGCCCUGCAGCAGAGACUCUGGCACUAACAAAUGAUGUGGUUCUACAAAAGAAGCAACCUGCAGAUACACCUGUUAAUUCCUUCACUCACCCAAAGCCAUUGCUGAAGUUGAAGUUCAAGAAUCCAUCUUUUGAACAGCGGAGCUCUUGGGCCCCACAGGGAGAGGAAGUGAACUCUGUCAAAGGGCAGAGAUCAAAAAGAAAGAGAUCUUCAGCAGAAAAGGUCAGUGUAGAAGAUGAUGAGAACUAUCGACAGCUGCAUCGGGAAAAUCCAAUGGAUGAAGCCAUGGACGCAAAUUGGAUAUUGCAGAAGCUAGGCAAGGAUGCAAUUGGAAAGAGAGUUGAAGUUCAUCAAUCAUCCGACAAUUCGUGGCAUCAAGGAGUGGUUUCAGAUAUCAACCGAGGCACGUCAUCUUUGUCAAUCUGUUUUGAUGAUGGAAGAUCUAAAACCUUGUUGCUUGGAAGGCAGGGGAUUCGUCUCAUUUCUCAAAAGCAAAAAAAGACCAAAACGUGAAAAUUUACCUGGUGAUUGAUGCAUUGUUGUGGGAGAAAAUUCAACUUGCCAGGUAUGGAAACAUUGGAAAAUUGGAGCUAUUCAUGUUUAAUUCUCUCUGGUGCAGCUGUUCAUGUAGGGGUUGAUCCGUCUUGAUAUAGUUGAAUAUUGAGAACCACCAACUUGUGCUGAAAAGUCUUAAGUACCAAGCGGCUCCCAGUUGUUGUAAUCAUUAAUUGUAUCAUCUGUUCUUUUCAUUUUUCAAGAAUCAAUGGUCUUUUUAUUAGUCUGUCAGGGAUGCCUCUGAACUUCUAUAAAUAGCAACAUGUUGGAACUUAAUAGUUCCAUCACCUUGUAAUUCUCACGAAGGGAAAGCCCUUAUCAGCCCCAUACUAGUUUUCCUGAGGUUUAUUGUAAUAUACGCAGACAUUGCUGGAGUUGCAAAUGAGGAUGCAUUUUAUAGACAGCUCCUUAUUUAAGCAGGGAAGGGAAAUGGGGCAUAAUUUAGAAGGUGGCGUUGUGUAAUUCUAAUACAGUGGUGAAUGAUGAACAGAAAUUAAUAGUAUACUUUUUCUGCAAGAUAAAGUUAUCACUUA